AAAAAAAAAAUGAAAUUUUUUGUACUUGAUCCUUCACGUUCUUUAUGCUUUAUCUGGGACUCCAUUGUUUAUGUUUGAGAGGAGGGUUUUAUGGGUUUUCUUUAGAGAGAGUCUAUAAUUUGUUCUGCUCCCUCGUUAAAACUCUCUCUCUCUUCUUUAAAGUCCUCUUUUUUCCUGCUGUUUUCAUUUGUAGUUGUUAUGCUUUUGGUCUUCUUCUUCUUCUUCUUCUUCUUCUGCUUCUUCUUCGACAUCUUGCUGCAAAAUUUUUGAUAGAAAAUGAACGGUGGUGGUUUGCCUCCCUCCAAAGAUCCUGCUAUCAAGCUCUUCGGCAGGAAGAUUCCUCUCCCGGAAUCUCAGAUUCCGGUCAAGCACGAAUCCCUGGAAACGAGGAGUGAAAUUGCAAAGUCAGAAGCCAACGGGCUGCUGCAGGGUGAUGCUUUUCCCUCAGAGAAGUCCUCUAGUUUUAUUAAUAUCAAGAAUGAACAGAAAUCUUCAAUGCAAAUGAAUCAGGAACAGGCUUCUAAACAGAAAGAAGAUCAGACUGAGACCAAUAGUGCAGAUCAAGAAAGAGUCUUUAAGAAGCCAGAUAAGAUCCUUCCUUGUCCUCGAUGCAACAGUUUAGACACAAAAUUUUGUUACUUCAAUAACUAUAAUGUCAACCAACCUAGGCAUUUUUGCAAGAAUUGCCAGAGAUAUUGGACAGCUGGUGGAACAAUGAGAAAUGUUCCUGUUGGUGCUGGGCGGCGUAAAAACAAGCAGUUUGCAUCCCAGUAUCGUCAAAUACUAGUAUCAUCAGAUGGAGUACCAAUUAGCCGGCUGGAAAACACAGAAUCACCCAAUCACCAGCUUCUGCCCUCUGGUGACUCAGCAGCCGCAUUUAGGCCUUCUAUGGGAAACGGGACAGUUCUAAAGUUUGGUCCUGAAGCACCUCUUUGUGAAUCCAUGGAUUCAGUACUUAAUCUUGGAGAACAUAAGAGAUCCAUUGAGAUGAGUUCUGUAAAUUGUGGGGAAAAUGGACGAGAGCCUUCCUCGUGUGGGUCUCCUCUGACGGCUUCCAGUAGUCGCGGCAGUGGUAUACCAGGAAAUAUUUCACAGAACGAACAAGGUAAUUUUUCUGGAACUUGUAAAGAACCUAACUCACAACAGCCUCUCCCUUGUUACCCUGUUUCUCCAUUGGUUUUCCCAUGGAAUCCUGGUUGGAACAAUGUAACUCCAGUAGCAGCAUCUCAGCACUCUUCUCAGCCCGUUUCAACGGCAAAUGUCAAUAAUCAAAAUCCUAUUCAAUGGUGCUCAACACCAAUGGUUGCUGUUCCUGGGUUUUGCCCUCCUAACAUCGCCCUACAGUUUGUACCUGCUUCUUACUGGGGUUGCAUGCCUGUAUGGACUGCUGGGACCGGGAAUAUGCCUUUGGCUGCAUCUAAUGGUUGCCUUUCUCCAUCUUCAUCUACUAGCAACAGUUGCUGCUCAGGCAACAGUUCACCAACACUAGGCAAGCAUUCAAGAGACCCAAACUUCAAGGAGGAAGCACAAUCAGAGAAGUCCAUUUUGGUUCCAAAGACACUGAGAAUAGAUGACCCUGACGAAGCAUCUAAGAGUCCUAUAUGGGCUACACUGGGUAUCAAGCUUGACCAGAAGGAUCCCAUAUCAAGAACUGCAAUUUUUAAAGCUUUGGAAACUAAAGCAGAUGGCAAGGACCAUGUAUUAGAUGGUAGUCAUAUCUUGGAAGCUAAUCCUGCAGCUCUCUCUCGAUCUCAUACCUUCCAAGAGAGCUCAUGAUGAUCUCAAAAGAAAUGGUGAGUUAAAAUUCUCUAACUAAUUGCUCUUCUCAAUGCAUAAAUGUGUGCUUAUUUAUGGAGGUCAAGCAUCAUAUUCUAUUGGCUGAUUCUUGAAAUUUACGGCGUACUCUAAUAUGGUUUAUUUGAGGAAGAAGAUGCCAGGUUUUGGGAAAAAUAUAAAGCCGCCGCAAUAUUCAAUAGAGUUGUCAAUGUAUUAUCUCUUGUGUUAAUGUUGUAAAUAGUAGAGUACAGUGAUUGAGGUAGCUCUUAACUCUCUGCAGCCUAUUUUAGGUUUCAAUUCAUACUCUCUUGCUUGCCUGUCGAUUGGGCAAAAGAAUGAAGAAGCUGUAUGUAUGAAUUCAAAGCUUAUGUCUUUGAUUAAUUGGGUAACCCAUUAUUGGAUUUUUUUGUCUUCUGGAAGUUGUUAUCUUGCUCGGCACUGCUUAAUUUAAGUUUCCAAUUAAAGAAAA